AUGACCAACACAAACAUGUCAGCACUAAAAGGCGCUACAGCGCCAAUACACUUUGGCUCAUUCCUAGUAACACCACAAGUCUUCCACACAACCUCCCUCAGCUACGCAUUGGUAAACCUAAAACCAAUCCUUCCAGGCCAUGUCCUUGUAUCACCUCGCCGUGUCGUCCCCCGCGUCUCAGACCUGACACCCGCUGAAACAAGCGACCUGUUCCUAACAGUCCGGCGCGUGGGUCGGAUGGUAGAACGGGUGUAUGGCGCCUCGAGUUUGAAUAUUGCCGUGCAGGAUGGCGUGGAUGCUGGGCAGAGCGUGCCACAUGUGCAUGCGCAUAUUAUUCCGCGGAAGGCGGCUGAUUUGGAUUAUCGGGGUGGGACAGAUGCUGUUUAUGACAUGCUUGAUGGGGAGGAGGGAGAUGUUGGAAAGGCUUUCAAAAAAGCGGAGGGAGGUGAGAGGGCGGACGUUGAGACGCCAAAGAAGAAGGCGAAGUUUCCUGUUGUGGAUAAUGAGGCGAGGAAGCCGAGGACUAUGGAGGAGAUGGGUGCUGAGGCAGAGAUGUUGGCACGGGAGAUGGAGAAAGAGCCAGUUGAUUAA